AUUGUUGCAUGCUCAGAGAUCGACUUUUAGAUUUGGGCCUUUGCAUCAGUAACACAUGCGCUAUGUCGUCCCCUAAAAGGAAGAGAGACGAUGACAACCAAAUUCAAUUUACCGAUGACGACUACGUUCCCUAUGUGCCUGUCCGCGAAAGACGAGCCGAAAAGUAUCGAAAACUUGCCACUGUGCUCCGAAAACCUGUAGAACGAGAAGAUUCAGAACCAGAUUCCGACCAAGACGCACCAAGAGCUGGACCUCAGUCGAAUGUAGCGCUGAUAGAUCAGGCUGCUGAGCUGAAGAAAAAAGAAAAACCAAAGUCAGAAGUGGAAAAGGAACUGGAGCUAGAGAAACAAAUUCUACAAGCGCAAACCCAAAAGAAAGCGCUAUUUUCAGCACAGGAAUUGGCAAAAGAUGUCCAUUACACUGAACCGUUGAAAACAUCGUGGCGACCGCCACGACACAUUAGAGAGAUGUCAAGUGCACAACUUGACGAAAUUCGACAAAAGUGGCACAUUCUUGUAGAAGGAAACGACAUUCCCCCACCCAUCAAAUCCUUCAAAGAGAUGCGAUUACCAGACGCCAUAGUUCGACAUUUGAAAGAAAAGGGUAUCACGAAGCCAACGCCUAUCCAAGUUCAAGGGCUUCCUACGGUGUUGAGUGGAAGGGACAUGAUUGGAAUAGCGUUUACUGGAUCGGGAAAGACGCUCGUCUUUACGCUCCCGCUUGUGAUGCUGGCGUUGGAAGCGGAAGUGAAGCUGCCAUUCGUACCUGGAGAAGGGCCCGUUGGAAUGAUUCUUUGUCCUUCGCGUGAACUUGCACGGCAAACUUACGACGUGGCCAUGGGAAUGUGCCAGGCUUUGGAACGUCACGGCAACUUCCCGUCACUGAGGGUACUGCUAUGUAUGGGCGGGAUAUCGAUGGCGGAACAAGCAGACGCUCUUCGAAAAGGGCCACAUAUACUUGUUGCGACACCUGGACGAUUGCAGGACAUGUUGGAGAAGGGAAAGAUCAACCUUGCGGGAUGCCGGUACCUUUGCAUGGAUGAAGCCGACAGGAUGAUUGAUCUGGGUUUCGAAGACGAUGUCCGCAACAUCAUGUCUUACUUUAAAGGACAGCGUCAAACCCUUCUCUUCUCAGCCACGAUGCCAAAGAAGAUCCAGAACUUUGCCAAAUCGGCGCUGGUACAACCUGUUGUUGUGAACGUAGGUCGUGCCGGUGCAGCGAACUUGGAUGUGAUUCAGGAGGUGGAAUAUGUCAAGCAAGAAGCAAAGAUUGUCUACCUAUUAGAAUGCCUGCAAAAGACACCGCCUCCAGUUUUAAUUUUUGCUGAAAACAAAAACGACGUGGACGACAUUCACGAGUAUCUCCUGUUGAAAGGUGUCGACUGUGUUGCAAUUCAUGGAGGAAAAGAUCAGGCCGAGCGAGAAUACGCCAUCAAAGCAUUUAAAGAGAGCAAGGCGGACGUUCUAGUCGCCACUGAUGUAGCCAGCAAAGGGCUUGAUUUUGCACAGAUUCAGCAUGUGAUCAAUUAUGAUAUGCCAAAAGAGAUUGAGGAUUAUGUGCAUCGAAUCGGACGUACAGGUCGAUCGGGCAAAACUGGUGUAGCAACAACUUUCAUAAACCGCAAUUCAUCAGAGCAAAUCCUUCUCGACCUCAAAUACCUCCUCAAAGAAGCAAAGCAACGUGUACCACCCGUUCUAGAAGCCUUGGAGGAUCCGAACGAAAAGUUUCGAAAGCCGGGCGGAGAUAUUGUGGAAGGGCUGGAUGUGGAUUGUACGUUUUGUGGUGGAUUGGGGCACCGUAUCACCAAUUGUCCCAAGUUGGAGGCACAACGACGACAGCAGAUGUCGAGUCAUCGCAGCAUGCACGCUGGAGCUGGUGCUGGGGAGUAUUGAGGAUCGUGUGUGUAGUCUUCAUUUUAAAAUAAGGAUAGCAUCGUUUGCAC